GACAGUGAUAUUGAUGAUUUACUUCAUUCAACGGGAGAUUUCCUGGCCAGUUCAACAUCACUACCAGCAGGAUUAAUACAAAUUAAGAAAUGUACUGAUCUAAACAAAGAUUCGCCAUCACAGGCUAGGUUAACUGCAUUAGAGUUUCAUCCUACUGCUCAAGUUGCUCUGACUGCAGCUAAAAAUCAACCCUUUACACUGUUUCAAAUUGAUAGUAAAAACAACCCAAAGAUACAGAGUGUCUUUAUAGAAAGAUUUCCCAUAUUAAACGCCCAUUUUAGUAGUAAUGGUGAAGAGGUGAUAGCUGGUUCUCACUAUACAUCAUUUAGAUAUUAUGAUAUGUUAUCAGGAACAUUAAUCACUGUUCCUAAAAUAAAAGGAGUUAAUGAUGAUCACAUGAGUCAUUUUAGAGUUUCCCCUGAUGGCAGAUUCCUAGCUUUUCUGGGUCGUUAUGGAAACAUCCAUUUAUUGUCUGCCAAAUCUAAAGAGUUAGUCAGUAGUUUGAAAAUGAAUGGUAGUUGUGAAGAUUUGGUUUUUACAAAAGAUGGCUCACAGAUGUAUUCUUUUGGAGAUGAUGGUCAAGUAUAUAUCUGGGAUAUGAAUACUAGAGAAUGUAUACAUAGAUUUUAUGAUGAUGGGUGUGUUAAAGGAACAUCAAUAACAGUUUCGCCCAAUAACCAGUACCUAGUUUGUGGAUCCUAUAGUGGUGUAGUUAAUGUUUAUGAUAGAGAGAAAUGUCACCAGUCACUUGAUCCUAAACCAUUAAAAUCUAUCAUGAAUUUAGUCACACCAUGUACUAAAGCUGUAUUUAACUCUACAUCAGAAAUAUUGGCUAUAGAUUCACAUUUUACAGAGAAGGCUAUCAAACUAGUACAUUUCCCCUCGAUGCAAGUGUUCAGUAACUAUCCAGAUUUAAUAGAUAAAAGUUUACGUGUACCACAAGAUAUGUUUUUCUCAUUAAAUAGUGGUUAUUUUACUGUGGCAACUCAUACUGGAACAGCUUUAUUAUAUAGGUAA